AGGCGCUGCUGGCCGCCGCCGUUGCCUCCGCUGCUGGGCGCCUGGGCAGCUCCCCGGGUUUCUGCGGCCGCCAUGGACGAGCAGGCGGGUCCCGGCGUCUUUUUCGGCAACAACCACCCGGGCGCCGGCGGUGCCAAGGGGCUCGGGCCUCUGGCAGAGGCUGCCGCGGCCGGCGACGGGGCGGCUGCGGCGGGGGCGGCUCGAGCCCAGUACAGCCUCCCGGGGAUCCUGCACUUCCUGCAGCACGAGUGGGCCCGCUUCGAGGUGGAGAGAGCCCAGUGGGAGGUGGAGCGGGCGGAGCUGCAGGCCCAGAUUGCCUUUCUUCAGGGAGAAAGAAAAGGCCAAGAAAAUUUGAAAAAGGAUCUUGUGAGGAGGAUCAAAAUGCUGGAGUAUGCACUGAAACAGGAAAGAGCCAAAUACCACAAGUUGAAAUAUGGGACAGAAUUGAAUCAGGGAGAUAUGAAGCCACCAAGCUAUGAUUCUGAUGAAGGUAAUGAAACAGAGGUGCAACCACAACAAAACAGCCAGUUAAUGUGGAAACAAGGUCGGCAACUACUCAGACAGUAUCUACAGGAAGUGGGCUACACGGAUACUAUUCUAGAUGUGAAAUCUAAACGAGUGCGAGCUUUGUUGGGCUUUUCAAGUGAUGUCACUGACAGAGAAGAUGACAAAAAUCAGGACUCAGUUAUAAAUGGUACAGAGGCUGAAGUUAAAGAGACAGCGAUGAUUGGAAAAUCCGAAUUAACAGAUUCUGCCUCUGUACUGGAUAAUUUCAAAUUCCUUGAAAAUGCAGCUGCAGAUUUCAGUGAUGAAGAUGAAGAUGAUGACAUUGAUGGAAGAGAGAAAAGUAUCAUUGAUACUUCGACGAUUGUUAGGAAAAAAACAUUGCCUGAUAGCAGUGAAGACCGAGAUACAAAAGAAGCUCUAAAGGAGUUUGAUUUCUUGGUUGCAUCAGAAGAAGGAGACAAUGAAUCAAGAAGCACAGGUGAUGGAACAGACUGGGAAAAGGAAGACCAGUGUCUCAUGCCUGAAGCCUGGAAUGUGGACCAGGGAGUAAUUACCAAACUCAAGGAACAAUACAAAAAGGAGAGAAAGGGGAAGAAAGGGGUGAAGAGGCCCAAUAGGUCAAAACUACAAGAUAUGCUUGCUAAUUUGAGAGAUGUUGAUGAACUUCCUUCAUUGCAGCCAUCUGUGGGUUCACCUUCCAGACCCAGUAGUUCCAGACUUCCUGAACAUGAAAUUAAUAGGGCAGAUGAAGUGGAAGCAUUAACAUUUCCUCCUUCUUCUGGGAAGUCAUUCAUCAUGGGAGCUGAUGAAGCCCUUGAAAGUGAACUGGGACUUGGAGAAUUAGCAGGCCUUACAGUGGCCAAUGAAGCAGAUUCACUAACUUAUGAUAUAGCAAACAAUAAAGAUGCAUUGAGGAAGACAUGGAACCCAAAGUUUACAUUAAGAAGUCACUUUGAUGGCAUCCGAGCCCUUGCUUUCCACCCUGUCGAGCCUAUUUUGAUAACAGCAUCAGAGGAUCAUACUUUAAAAAUGUGGAAUUUGCAGAAAACAGCCCCAGCCAAAAAGAGUACUUCUCUGGAUGUAGAGCCUAUCUAUACAUUUAGGGCUCAUAAAGGUCCAGUUCUUUGUGUGGUAAUGAGCAGCAAUGGUGAGCAGUGUUACAGUGGUGGUUCUGAUGGACUAAUCCAAGGCUGGAAUACCACUAAUCCCAACAUUGACCCCUAUGACUCUUACGAUCCUUCUGUUUUAAGAGGACCUCUGCUCGGCCACACGGAUGCAGUCUGGGGUUUGGCUUACAGUGCAGCACACCAGCGUUUGUUGUCCUGCUCAGCAGAUGGCACUCUGCGUUUAUGGAAUACAGCUGAGGCUGCUCCAGCACUGAGUGUAUUUAACGAUAACAAAGAAUUGGGAAUCCCUGCUUCUGUGGAUCUAGUAAGCAGUGACCCAAGCCUUAUGGUAGCAUCAUUCAGCAAAGGAUAUACCAGCAUAUUUAACAUGGAAACACAACAACGCAUUCUUACUUUAGAAUCCAAUCCGGAUACAACAAUCAACUCUUCCUGCCAAAUAAAUAGAGUCAUCAGUCAUCCCACUCUGCCAAUCAGCAUCACUGCUCAUGAAGAUAGGCACAUCAAAUUCUAUGAUAACAAUACAGGUAAACUGAUUCACUCGAUGGUAGCACACCUAGAAGCUGUUACAAGUUUAGCAGUUGAUCCUAAUGGCCUGUACUUGAUGUCUGGCAGUCAUGACUGUUCAAUACGUUUAUGGAAUCUAGAAAGUAAGACGUGUAUUCAAGAGUUCACAGCUCAUCGGAAAAAAUUUGAAGAAUCGAUUCAUGAUGUAGCUUUCCACCCAUCCAAAUGCUAUAUAGCCAGUGCUGGAGCUGAUGCGCUGGCUAAAGUCUUUGUAUGACACAAAGCAUCGUUUUCAUCAUCUAGUUCUUUAUAAAUAAUCAACUGCACAAAAGAGAUACAGAAGACCAGGGCAAGAAUCAACUCGUCCUGCCCUUUUGUUCUGCUGAAGGAGCACAGAGAACAUUUGUUAAAGUGUAGUUUUGCAAUUCGUAUACAGUUUUCUAAAACUAAAGUUUGUUCAGGUUGCUGCAAGCUCAGCUGAAUCUGUGAACCUGAAAACUGUUUCAAAUUGUCCCCUAAAUAGACCCUUUUAAUUCUGAGGUGGUUCUAAUUCGCUAGGUAGGUCCUUAGCGUACACAGGUUUAGCUUGUCCCUAUUGAUACAGCGUGCUGUAAUGGAUAAUUAAAAAGCUUGAUGGCUGGGAAUGAGUAGAGAAAGAGCAGAAACUUAGACCUAGUUCUCCUCUGACAACUCUUAUUAAACAUGUUAGGUAGUCAAAACAGUAAUCUUUAUCUGCUGUACUAACUAACCCCUUUGUGUAUGAUGACCAGGCAGUGUUAAAAUUAGUUUAAUUUAGCUCUUUCAGCUAUUUACAUAAAGCACCUGGCAAAGCAUUUUAUCUAUUAGAGGAAAAAAAGAUGCAAUAAUAUGUUACAUAUACUCAGAAAUGCUAAACAACUAUUUAGUUUGCAAGCAGAUUUCUUUAUUAUAUUACAGUUUGAAAAUAGAUUUGGCAUCAUUCUAAAGUUUAGCUGUCAGGCACUCACCAUUAUAAAGAAUAGUCAAUAGAAUCUGCUUUUACUAAAGGACUUAACUUAUUCAGGUUUGAGAUCUGUUUAUUUUUAAGGGCAAACAGGGCAUAUCUCUAUAAUAAUUUCUAUUUUAAAAUUUGUUUUAUUCAUAUAAAAUAUUCAUAUUUAUAGUACAGAGUGAUUAUUUCUUAUCAGUAAAAUCUUACUUUCAAUGACUGAAAGGUGUUAUUUACUAGCACCCAUUUAUCAGCACGCACAUAACCAUGGUUCUUUCUUUAUCUUUCAUAUUCAUGUUAUCUGACAUCUACCAAAAGUAAUUCAUCAUUAUUAAGUUUUAAUAGUCCAAAGAAAAUGGUUAACCUCAGGCAGCUGCUGUUGCAGAAAUACUAAACAAAGCAAAUGUUUUGUAUCCAAGAAGCCCUCUAUUAACAUAGCCAAGAAGAAUCUCCUGAGAAUUUAGACGGAAGCAUUCAAUGCCUAAUAUUGGCUAAUAUAUUCUGCCUUUCCCUCUCCCUAUCCUUCCAUUGUUUAAUUAGAAUAUGUGUUUUAAUAGGCAGUGAUCAGGUUUUUUUGAUCAUACCUUACCUGUGACCACGUGUGGUUAGCUUUUGGGAUUCCCAUGAUCCCCCUACCUGGAACAAGUCCCUAAUCAUAUAGACCUUUUCUUAACAGCUGUCAUGCCUCUCCUCAUACACUUUCUCUUGUUUGUCCCAAAUGACAGCAAUGAAUCUGGAAAUUAGAAAUACAUUAUUAAUGUCCAACUUUUCACUAAAAUUUAUAAUAGGUUCUCAGACUUUAAAAAAUGUAUACCCUUAAGUAUUUAAAUCUGUUGAAAUAGUUCCCAUAUUCCUGUCCUCAUGUAGUCCAUUGUCAUGGCAAUGACACUUAUGUACAUUUCCUCCUUGAAGAAAUAUUCUGGUGGUAAUGUGGAUAAUAAUUGACGAUAUUUCUUUAAUAUUUCUGCUUGUCUGCCUCUAGAAUUCUGCAGUAUACGGGCAAAUUUCCUUUAAAAACCUGUACUCUAUUUGUCUGAUUAUUGUACAGAUAUGCUGUAGUAUUUUUAACAGCUGCUUUUUAAUUUAAUCUUUGUGCUUUGGUUAACAAGUGGGCUUAAGAAACUCCUUUGUGUAAUCAAAUGAAUUGACCUAGACAUGAGCUAAGAGGUGAAUGUAUAUAUUUCCAUGCAGGUAGAAUAUUCCACAUUGUGUUUAGUAAAUUCUUUUUGGUUCUUCACAGAGAGAAGAACAGGUUGUUGCUAACCAGCAUUGUAGAAGAAUACUGGAAAUUUCUAGUCAGGUACCCCUACUUGGUAUAUUUAUAAUGGACCACCACAAAGCUAUUAUUCUCCCAGUUACUGCUUUAAUUACCUUCCAAGGUCUUUAGUGCCUACUUUACUUAUGUCACUGAAAUUCUGAAAACCCAAUAUACUCUUCCACUGUUCAUCUUAUGCCUCAUGGUUGAAAAUUUUCUGUUAGUGAGUAGAAAAUAACCAUGAAUACAUAAACUGUGCAGAUGAUGGAACUGUUGAAAGUUCCUUAGAAAGCCAGUGGUAUCCCAUUGGAGACUGUACACAGAAAGAUUCUUUUCCACUAGCACUGUAUGAUCUCAGCCUAGAAAUGAGCCAAAGCAGUCUUCCAACCAUAUGGUUGCAUUUACAAAUAUCUGACUUCUCCCCAGCCUAUUAGAAGUUCACAAAAUGAACAAAUUCAAGAUUUAAACAGUCAUUGAAAUACUUUCAUAAUACUUGAUUUGUAAAUAUUUUGGAUAAAGUGUUUUGAAAUAGUAUGAAAAUCAGCAGGAGGUGUGGGUCCCUGCCUUAUUUUCAUAUGCUGUGGAUAUGUCUCUGGGAGCUUGCAGCACCCUUCUCAACUGUCAUAAGGAACUCAUUUGCUACUCAAACCAUAGACAGAUAUUUAACAUAUGUGAUGUAAUGACCUUCAGUAUUUUUCUAUUGAACAAAUUUAGCAAUUUUUUGCCAUUAAACAGAUAAUUAGUUAUGCAAAGUUAUUAGCUUUUAUAAUCAUUUUAGUUAUGACUAAAAGGGGGAAUUGAGCUGCAUCACUGAUAAUGAACUUUGUGAGAAAUUUUUUGUUUAUCUGAUUUUCAUUCCUUCAGUAUUCUUGCUAUAAAUUUCUUUUGGAGAUAAUGAUGGAGAUUUAUUUGAAAAUGUCUAAAAUGUAUGUAUAUUUUAUAAAUAUAUAUUAUAUAUAUUAUAGGAAUAUAUAUAAUAUAUAUAGACUAUAUAUAUAUAUAUAUAUAAAACCAUAGGUGCAUUUUACUGUUUUGUAUUUUCAUUUUUGGAGGUAGUAUACGCAGUGGAUAAUGAUGAGUAUGAUGAGUGUUGUGCUGUUUGCUUUUACAGUAUAAUAUAUAGUUCUCAAUGUUUAAAUUACUGUAAAUACUAUAUCCAUUAUAGGCUAGCAUGCUUGUUUUAAGGACUGUCAUUCUAGUUUAUUAAAAUCUGAAUGUAAGAAAACCUGGCUAUUCAAAUGUGAAUUGAAAAAUAUUCCAUUCUCAGUACUGAACUAUUUCCAUUGAACAUUCAGGCUUUUUAACAAAAUAGAUGUCAUCAAGAAGGCAAUAGCUAGAAAAUGAGAGGUGCCUUUAUUUAAAAAAAAAAAAAAAAAAGCAAAUGCAGCCUUACAGUGAAGAUGAAGAUUGAGUUUGUGUGUGGAGGUGGGAGGGAGAAGGAAAGAGAGAGAGAGAGGCAGAGAUAGGGGAGUGUGUGUGGUGUCUGUGUGUGUGUACAUGCACGCAUGUGUGCCAAUCUGUGAAGGUCCUGGUUUGUGACCCUCAGUGUCUUUUUAAUGUAUCUGUUCAACCUCUAGGACUUCAGGGGACAUUUCAUGCGUUGUCUUUGUGCUCUUCUGAGCACCAUAUAUACCUUCCAAGAAUUCUGAAUGUGAAUUCCUAGAAAUUUCAGUAGAGAAAAAAAUAGCUACUCUUUAAAGUCAAGUUCAGGUAAAAAGAGAAAUUAUUGGUUUACUAAAAUUAUGGGAUUUCGUUAGUGUUGGCUAAGUGAAUGUAAUUUUUUUGAAGUCUCACGUUUUUAGUACUUCAUAUAUUCCCCCUUACAUAAAAGCAUGUCAUGAAAAUCUUAUGUGAUGAUAACGAUUCAACUAAUAAAAAGUUAUUUUUAAACACCUGAACUAGUAAUUCCACCUAAGAAUAGUCUUAAAGUAUUUAAAUGGCAUCUCUCAUAUCUACCUCUUUGUCAUUGCUGCCAUUUUUACUAAAGCAUAUCUUCCUGACUACUGAAGUGAUGGUCAGAUGCAAUUGAAGAAUCGAUGUUGGUGCUUUCCUUAGGCCUUGUCCUUUAAGUCUAUUGCAUUAAGAGAUCACAAGCCAGACUGAGAGACUUAGUAUUCACUUUAGUAUUCUUUUGAAAGAAUUGCUUAAAAUUAACCAUCAGUGUUGUUAGUUAAUCUCUGGUUGGUUUAUGUCUGUGUGAUGUUUUUCAACCAAGAGCCAAAUUAUAUUGAAUACAUAUGGAAAAAGAGUUCUAUGUAUAGUUUUAUUUAGCUUACUUUAUUCUUUAAAAUCUAUUUCAAGACUCUUAAGCACAUAAUCAUUUUAUUUACUCAGAAGUUGCCCUUAUUACUAUGUUACUUGUUAUUUAUAUAACUGCAGUACUUCUUCAGUGUUUGACACUGGGAUUCAGGUUAUACAAAAGUAGUAGCUGACAAAAAUGUCUAUUUUGUGAAAUGUACCAAUUCCUAAAGUCCAUUUUAGGGGAAGUUCCAGAAAACUAAUAUAUCUAUAUUUAAAAACAAAGGAUAGACAUUUUGAUAAGUAAAUGAUUUUACUUUUGCCAUGUCCCUCUUCCAACUGGGUCUCCAUGUCCGUGUAAGGGAUGCCAUGUUGACAGAAUAUUUAGUAGAUUCUUCAUACUGUUUGAUUUUUUAAUCCAAAAAGUGCAAGUGUUACUAGGUCAAAUAGAGAUCCCUAGAUCCCACUCAUUUAUUCUAGCAGUAUUCCUGAAGUGGUGCUUAGGGAUCAGAAUCUUCUGGAUCUUGGCUAUCAAGCUUUGGAUUUAAUUUAAUUGGGACCACAUGCUCGUCAUCCCUCUGAUGCAGAUUAGAAAGUUCAUUUUAAUUUAGAUAAACUCUAAUGUCUGCCUGCGUUUUUAACAGGCUGUGAACCAGUGAGUGCCUUGUCAAUGUAGAAUGGUCCCUCCCCCUUAUAUGUUAGCUCUAUCUGAAAAUGGCUCAGAGAAUGGUAUUUUUACUGGCUUAUAGAGAACUGCAAAUUUGGUAUUGUCAGCAACCAGAAAGUCUUUGGUUUACUACAUACCUCCCUACCUGUUUCUCCUCAUUGUUUGGCUGAGGCUUGCCUUUUGUGAGAAGAGAAAUACAACCUUCCUGCUUCAUACCUUUUAUCCAGUCCAGAUUAAGAGAUGUCCCUUGUCCCCAUUCCAACUCUGAUCUAAUACUUGUUUUUAGGAGGAACCACUUCUUUAUAAUACUGAAAUCUACUGCUUAUUUUAUAUCUUCUCAACUUGAGUUUACUAGAGCUGAUCUCAGGCAUCAUCAGUUCCGAUUCCUAACCAACCCUUUCUCUCCACACUCAACCCCUAGCUGGUGAGCCCUGGGCCAGAUUGUUUGAUCUUCAGGUAUUUAAAUUUUAGUUUUAAUAUCGAUUAAUGUAAAUUAAUCCAAGUGCUAAUUUUUGUGGUGCAAGAAGUUUCUUUUGUAAAUUCAGGGUAUGGAUAAGCUAAUUAAGAUAUCCAUUUUUGGUGGCUCUAAGUGUAUUCUUUGUUUUUAAAUAAAGUGUACAAAUAUAGAUAAUGUGCUAUAGAUGUCUCAUGAAUUGGAAUAUUUGUCAGAUUUGGAAUCUAGUUGUGGCUUUGCAGUGAAUUCAGAUAAAACACUUGAGUGCCAUCUGAUUUGGGGCUGGAUGGUUGUAGAGGGGUGCGGGGAAGUUAAAGGGCAUUAGGCAAAGUAGAUAUGAGUCCAGAAUAGUGAAACAUUUAUCAUUAAAUGAUUGUGAAGAAGGUGGAGAAGUUUAUCAUUUUAGAGAAUUUGAGCCUUUGGAAAGCUAGUAAAAAUUUAAAACAAUCAAUCAGUGAUACUCCCAGGGACACAUGUGUGUUUGUUAACAAAUAAGUUUCAUGUUUUUCAAGUGAGUUUAAUUAAUUAUUAAACAUUACAGCAACAUCUAUAAACUUAGCAUGUUUUUAUUUUUCUUUGCUUGGCUAUUUAAGACAAUCAUAAGCCUUCCACACCUCUCCCUGGCCCUUUGCUUCAACAUUAUUGAAGCUUUUGCCUGCAUAGAGCUCAGAAUUUCUUUGUUCCCAUCUGGAACUACAAUACAGUAUCGAAUCUAAAAUACAUCUUCUGAUGUACUAGAUACUAUGUACUAUUCUUUGCAGUACUGUAUGGUGGUCUACAGUGAGUGUUGUAUCCUUCAGAAGGCACACACACUUUUCUGUAGUGUUAGAAACAUCUCGUUUGUCCCUUUUACUGAGAAUUGAGACAUGGUUUGCUGGAGUAAUUUUGGAGUAAUCUAACUUAGGCAGUCAAGAAGACUCUAAUAGUUAUUUAUGGGUUGAUGAGUCCUCUGGUCUCAACCUAGGUUCAAAGUUGUAUUCUGACCUACAUUGGGUUUCUGGGGUUUUGAGGGGUCCCAGCAUUAUCCUGGCAUACCCUGUAGUACAAACAGUGUAACCGCAAAGCAUCCUUUCACUUGUAACUUCUCAGUUGGAAUGACCAGGACACUCCAGUUCUAUAAAGCAGCUCCAAUGUGUAACUCUGCAGCUCUGAAAAUUGGGAUUCAUUUUUCCUGGAACAGAAUUUUUAACUUGUUAUAUUUUUUAUACUUAAAAAACUAAACAGUCCAAAAUUCACUGUGUUUGGGGAAACAAGUUACUCCUUCAAGAAGGAAAAGUAGCCUCCAUCUCUCCUUCAGAGGACUUGAAAGGUGACCACUUUUGAUUUCAAUAAGUGAGUGGUUCUAAUUCCGACUUGUCAUUGGUCCCUGUUAACUACAUUUAAGUUGUUGUUACUGUUUUAAGUUUGAUUUAUUUGAUUGCUUCUCAGCCUUUUGGCUAAGAUCAAGUGUGAAGAUUGAUCUAUUUGAAAGGCAGAAUAACAGAGAGAAGGAGAGACAGGGACAUCUUCCAGCCACUGGUUCACUCCCCAAAUGGCUGCAAUGGCCAGGGUUGGGCCAGGUGAAGCUACAAGUUCCAAAUCAAACCAGCACCCAUAUGGGAUGCCAGCAUCGCAGGCACUUUCUUAGGACAUUGUGCCGUAACUCUGGUCCCUAAAUUAAAGAUUUUUAGGAAAGACAUCAGAAGUAUCCUAGAGCCUGAUGGCAAAGUGUCAGCAUAGUUUAUUAUAUAUUAGGAAGCUAAGUCUGGUUGUAUUGUAUUAUCUGCAUACAUCAGAAUGAAGACCAGGCAUGUAAGAAAUAGUCUAAAGUGGCCAUGAGUGAUAAUCUCAUUAAAAAAAAAAAGGUCAUUUUUACAGGAUGAGUUCUCCCUAGAAUGUUUUUGAUUAUCAUUUUAAAAUCUUUCUGGAUAACCUGUGUAUUUCAAAGUAUCUUGUUAGUAAUUUCACUCUGUAUAUUUUAGAAAAAAAGAACUUAUUGGUCUCACAAUAUCUUUUGACAUUUGUGACUAACACUGUGCCCUACCCCCCGCCACACACACACACACACAGCUACCCAAGCCAGUACUGAACUGUAUGUAGAAAUACAUGUGUAGUAAAUAUGUCAGCAGUUUACUGACUGGAAAAUCUAUUUCUGUGCACAGCUCUCAGGGAAAGUAGGAGGCUUAUGCUACAAUGGAACAUUAAGUGUAGCAUGUGAGAGUGUACUGCAUGAGUAGUUAAUAGUGAUGUCCUCUCGGAACUUAAGGUUAGGUUCUGCCAGUCACUCUUCAUACAGAUUUUCAAAGUGUGUGGGUUUAUCUAAAACAACAUUUAAUAAUCUAAAUUCAUUUAAAUGAAAACUUUGUUUUUCAGUGAAAUAUUAUCUGUUCCAUUUUCUUAUAUAUCUCGUCAGAAGAAAUCUGACCUUUCACCCAACUAUAAAACAUUCAGACUUUCUUUUUAUUCCUUUUUGGUCUGUCUUUUAAACAAGCAAGACAAUAAGCUCAUUUAUUGAUUUAGGUAUUUAAGAAUACACUGACUGAUUUUUAAAAAAAUAUUAAUUAUUUUUUGUUUAUUUGAGAGACAGAGAUAGAGAAACUGUUUUACUCCCUACCCCCAUUCACCUCUCUAAAUGCCCAUAGCAGCUGUGACUGGGCAGGACUUGAGCUAGGAACUAUAAUGCAGUUUGGGUCUCCUCUGCAGGAAUACAAGUACUUGAGCCAUCACAACUUCCUCCUAGGGUCUGCAUCGGCAGCAAGCUGGAGAUGGAAGCUGGUUGCCGAACCCAGGCACAUAUAUGUGAGUCAUGAGUUUUAACCAGUAGGCUAAAUACAUGCUCCCCGAUUUAAAAAACAAUAAUAAACAGAUUGUUUUCCUCUUUAGAAAUGUCAUUGCUUUCUGGAUUUUGCUUCUGAAUUGGGAGGUUGUAUAGAUGCAUGCAAUUUUGUGCACUCAGUAUAUAUAAUUGAUAUAUAACUUGCCUCUGCUGAUAAAUACACAAAAGCUUAAUUUUAUAUGACUUUAAUAAAUUGUUUUGAGAAUACAAAGAUUGACAAGGAAUAUAGCAAGAUAUUUCCAUAAAUUCAUAGAAAAAUGGAAUUAAAAGUUAAGCAUAGGGGCUGGCACUGUGGCAUAGGUAAAGCCGGCAUCUGCAGUGCUGGCAUCCCAUAUGGGCACCGGUUCAGUCUCAGCUGCUCCUCUUUCAAUCUAGCUCUCUGCUAUUGCCUGGGAAAGCAGUAGAAGAUGGCCCAAGUGUUUGGAUUCCUGCAUCUGGGUGGGAGACCUGGAAGAAUCUCCUGGCUCCUGGCUUCAGACUGGCUCAGCUCCAGCCUUUGCAGCUAUUUGGGAAGUGGACCAACAGAUGGAAGAUCUCUCUUUCUUCUCUCUCUGCCUUUGCCUCUCUGUAACUCUGCCUUUAAAAUAAAUAAAUAAUUAAAAAAAAAAAACAAAAAACAAGAUAAGCAUAUUUUGGUACAACAAAUUCUGCAAUCCAUGUAUAUAAGUUUACAAAAAGGUCAUGAAAGUGUAUGAGGAAAACACUGCAUGAAUUUCGAAAGUUUCUUGCACUGAAAUAAACUUACCUUUAAUUUCAUUUUUCAAUGUUUUGAAGUACCCUCCUAUGGUAAGUUUAUUUUAUAUAUUAUCCUUCAAAAUCUUGGGGAUUUUUUUUUGAGAUGUUGGAAGUAAGUAGUGAUAAAUUAUCUCUGAAUAUCUUGAUUCUCCCAUAUUUUCUACCCAGAUUUGCACAUUAAGUACUGCUCAUUUGUCACCUAAAAAAAGUUAAUGAUUAUUUGCUUCAGUCUUUAUAUGCUCUUUUUAAAAAAAAAAAAAGAUUUAUGUAUUUAUUUGAAAGAGUUGCACAGAGAGAGGCAGAGAGAGAGAGAGAGAGAGGUCUUCCAUCCACUGGUUCACUCCCCAAUUGGCUGCAAUGGCCAGAGCUGUGCCAAUCCAAAGCCAGGAGCCAGAAGCUUCCUCUGCAUCUCCCACGUGGGUGCAGGGGCCCAAACACUUAGGCCAUCUUCUACUGCUUUCCCAGGCUGUAGCAGAGAGCUGGAUGGGAAAUGGAGCAGCCGGGACUAGAACUGGCGCCCAUAAGGGAUGCCGGUACUGCAGAUAGAGCUUCACCCAGUAUGCCACAGCACUGGCCCCUUUAUAUGCUCUUUGAGGCACAGAGCAUGUUGGUUUUUCUUGUAUCCCCCAUAGCCCUUCACCUGGUGCCUUAUCUUAAAGAAAGAACUCAAAUUUUAUUUAUUGGUUGAGUAAGUAGAGUUCUUCUCAAAACUACAUCCAUCCAAAUAAAGUCCAAAAGAAAAUAAAAAACCCUGCCAGUCUCUAGGUAAUGCUCAGAUGCAUCUAGAUCUGAGACUGUGAUCCAAAGAUUGAGGUCUGCUCCCUGAUUGGGGAGGAGUUUGGACCAUACCUCACAGGAGGCAGCUGAAUGCCCCUGGCAACACUCUCUGUGUUGCACACUUCCAGUCUGCCUGCAUUGAAACUCAUCGAAAUGUGGGGGAGACAGAAGUGUGUAAACUCAAUUGUCCCUUCUUUCUCUGUUCCCUUUUUCCCACCUCAGUUCCCCAACCCACUGAGCUCUGAUCCCUUGAGAGGAGCUUAUCCUGCAGCCUGGAACAUUAACCCUCCUUGACUAUCCUGAGCCAGGCCAGGUCCACAUCCACUCUUCUUCUUGCGUCCCACAGGAGGUGCUGAUGUUAAUGACUGACAUGUUCUCCCAGGGGAAGCUCUCUCUGGGUAGCUUUCUUUGGAAAUAAAGAUGGGGCCGCUCUGCAAAUCCUUCAGGAUGUUUUCAGGGUUGCUUUUGUCUUAAAUAUUUUGUGAUAAUUUUCCAAAUGUUUUUGAACUCUCCGGAAUGUCUCAUUUUUUUGUUUGUUUGUUUUGUUUUUCUUUUUUGACAGGCAGAGUGGACAGUGAGAGAGACAGAGAGAAAGGUCUUUCUUUGCCAUUGGUUCACCCUCCAAUGACCGCCGCGGCCGGCGUGCUGAGGCCAGUGCAUUGCAUUGAUCCGAAGCCAGGAACCAGGUGCUUCUCCUGGUCUCCCAUGCGGGUGCAGGGCCCAAGCACUUGGGCCAUCCUCCACUGCAUUCCCAGGCCACAGCAGAGAGCUGGCCUGUAAGAGGGGCAACCGGGACAGAAUCCGGCGCCCCGACCGGGACUAGAACCCGGUGUGCCGGCGCCGCAGGCGGAGGAUUAGCCUUUUGAGCCGCGGCACUAGCCUCAUUUUGUUUUUUGUUUUCUAACUUCACACCAGUGGGGCCCAGGUUGUUCAAGGACUUUAGGUACACAGCUUAAUUGCUUCAGGAGCAAAAUAGUCAAGAAGUUAGAGCCCACUGUUUAAAAUCCAGGGGCCGGCGCUGUGGUGUAGCGGGCAAAACUGCUGCCUGCAAUGCUGGCAUCCCAUAUGGGUGCCAGUUCAAGACCCGGCUGCUCCACCUCAAAUCCAGCUCUCUGCUAUGGCCUGGGAAAGCAGUAGAAGAUGGCUCAAGUCCUUAGGCCCCUGCAUCUGCGUGAGAGACCCCUAGGAAGCUCUUGGCUCCUGGCUUCGGAUCAGCACAGCUCUGGCCAUUGCAGCCAAUUAGGGAGUGAACCAGUGGAUGGAAGACCUCUCUCUCUCUCUGCCUGUCCUUUUCUCUCGGUAACGCUGGCUUUCAAAUAAAUAAAUAAACCUUUAAAAAAAAAAAUCCAAAGACUUUAAAUCAAAGAAUCACUAGUACAGCAGUGAAUUAUGGGAGUAUGAAAUAGUCAGUUGAAUUAGUGUCAGUGUUAAACCUAUAUACUAUGUAAGAAGACAUUUCAACACAGAGGAAAGAUUAGGAAUUUGGCCUGGACAUGAACACUUAUAGUCUAGGAGACUUAUAGCUAUGCCACCUCUCAUGAGCCAGUUUCUCAUCUAUAAAAUAAAUUUGCCUCAAUGAAUGAUUUAAGGUAAUGAAUGUAAAACACAUGGUUAAAUAUCAGGCAAUAAUAAGCAUCUAAUAAAUAGUAUUACUCCCUAAAUCCACACUUUUUACAAUUCUUUUAUUCCUGUUAGCAUCUAGAAUAUCAGCCUUUUAGGAGGAAAUAAUUAUUUAUUUGAAAGGCAGAGUGACAGAAAAGAUUAUCCAUCUACUGGUUCACUCACCAAAGGCCACAACAUCUAAUUAUGGGCAGGCUGAAGCCAGGAGCCAUUAAAAUGAACAUCAGGAACAGCCAUCAAGAAUACUGCUUUCCUUGGUAUUCAAGUGCCUGCUGUCUGGCAGAUGGUUCUAGCUGCUGGCAUAAGCAGUGAACAGAAAGACCUUCACUUACUGCAGCUCACAUUCCAGUUAGAGGAAACAAUCAAUAUAAUCUGGAACAUUACUGAUAAGUGAUGAGAAAAAAUAGUAAUGGAAGGGAGUGGGAUCAUUUGAUGUUUCUCAGAUGAAAAGAAUGAGACCAUUGGAAAGAAUAAUACAAUUUAAAUAGAAUUAACACAAAAGAGCAAUCAUAAAGAUGCAUAAUGGCAAAACUAUCUCCCACAAUAUCCCAUCACUGCUGCCCUCCUAAUGUGUUUCUUUCUAAUUGCUCAUGCAUACAAAUAUGUAUGGACAGUUAUUAAAAAUAUAUGUCAUUUUUUUGUACUGGUCUGUAACUUAAUGUGUGUUGUAAGCACUUUACAAAUCUAUACAUACAUAGAUCUCUUUUAAGUUUCAUAGUACACACACAUACACAACCUUAUAUAAAUGAGAUGUUGGUGGACCAGUUUGCUCUAGAAUAAAUGGUGUCAUAUCUGUCCUCUACAUCUCACUUUUCUUUUUCAACAUGUAGGAUGGAAAUCCUAAGUCUGUAGCUCUCAUCCCAUUCUUUUUUAAUGCCUGUGUAAUACUCAGUAGUGAUGACAUACUAUGGUUUGUUAAAUCCUUCUGAUAUUGAUGAGUUUUCUUUGUUACCAGAUUUUUACUAUCACAAUAAAUGCUCCUAUGUGUACAAGUGUUUGUGACUAUGUGAUGAUCUUACUUCUAUGGAUAGAUACCUGGAGGGUUGCUGGAUUGAGGGGUAUGUAUAUUUUAAUCUUUAAUAAAUUUAAGAUUUGUGUCAAAAAAAGGCUGGAACAAUUUGUAUUU